AUGCCUCUCCUGGCUUUGAAGGUUAGCGCACGUCCCAAAUGCGGCAAGGAGGAGGAGGAAGAUGAGGAUGAGCAGUGGGCUAGCCCCAUCAGCAGCGGGCACAGCAGUAACAAGCGACUUGUGGCCUUAGUGCCAAAUGACACUUCAUUCAACACCAGACGAGCGUACACCAGCGAGGAUGAAGCCUGGAAGUCGUAUUUGGAGAAUCCCCUAACAGCAGCUACCAAGGCUAUGAUGAGCAUAAAUGGUGAUGAGGACAGUGCUGCUGCUCUUGGCCUGUUGUAUGACUAUUAUAAAGUUCCCAGAGAUAAAAGGCUGUUGUCUGUUAACAAAGUGAAUGAUAAUCAAGAAGACCAAGAUAAAAGAAAUUGUCUCAAUACCACGGAAGCUCAGAGCAAUUUGAGCGGGGGAGAGAACCGCGUGCAAGUCCUGAAGACGGUGCCCGUUAACCUUUCCUUGAACCAAGAUCCGCUGGAGCCAUCCAAAAGGGAAUACAACACAAAUGUGUCUGGCAGCUCGACGCCAAUUACAGGGACUGGAGUGACUGUGGUAAAAGCAGAGGAGUUCACCCCUGUUUUUAUGACCCCACAAGCACACUAUGCAAGAGGAGAAAAUGAGGAGCACCGAGGGGUUAUCUUUGAGCCAUACGAAGUGUCCAACAUUGCUCCCCACACAAAUUAUCUCAAAGAUGACCAGCGCAGUACUCCUGACAGUACGUACAGUGACACCUUCAAGGACGGAGGAACAGAAAAGUAUCGCAGUGUGUCAGUGGGGGCUGAGGAAUAUAUUUACGAACAAACAAGCACUUUUCAGUAUACACUAGAAGCUACCAAAUCCCUGCGUCAAAAGCAAGGGGAGGGGCCCAUGACCUAUUUAAACAAAGGACAGUUCUACGCCAUUACCCUGAGCGAGACGGGUGACAACAAAUGUUUCCGGCAUCCGAUCAGCAAAGUCAGGAGCGUGGUCAUGGUUGUUUUUAGUGAGGAUAAGAACAGAGAUGAGCAGCUGAAAUAUUGGAAAUACUGGCACUCUCGGCAACACACAGCAAAGCAGAGAGUCCUUGACAUUGCUGAUUACAAGGAGAGUUUUAACACCAUUGGGAAUAUCGAAGAAAUCGCGUUCAAUGCUGUGUCCUUUACUUGGGAUGUCAAUGAGGAGGCAAAGAUUUUCAUCACCGUGAAUUGCUUGAGCACAGACUUCUCCUCGCAAAAAGGAGUAAAGGGGCUUCCUUUGAUGAUUCAGAUAGAUACGUACAGCUACAACAACCGCAGCAAUAAACCCAUCCACCGAGCCUACUGCCAGAUCAAGGUUUUUUGUGAUAAGGGAGCAGAAAGGAAAAUCCGAGAUGAAGAGAGGAAGCAGAACAGGAAGAAAGGCAAAGGCCAGGCAUCCCAAACCUCGUGUAAUAACUCAGCUGAAGGGAAGCUGAGUGCACUCCCUCUGCAAAAGAAGAGUGAUAUCACCUUCUUCAAAACAAUGACUGACCUGGAUUCCCAGCCAGUUCUCUUCAUACCAGAUGUUCAUUUUGGAAACCUACAAAGAACUGGACAGGUUUACUAUAAUACAGAUGAUGAGAGAGAAGGUAGCAGUGUGCUGGUCAAGAGGAUGUUCCGGCCCGUGGAGGAGGAGUUUGGUCCAUCCCCUCUGAAACAAAUGAAAGAAGAAGGCCUGAAAAGAGUGCUUUUGUAUGUGAGGAAGGAGACGGAUGAGGUGUUUGAUGCUUUGAUGCUGAAAUCACCCACAGUAAAGGGGCUAAUGGAAGCGAUCUCUGAGAAAUACGGGCUGCCAGUUGAAAAGAUUGCAAAACUUUAUAAGAAGAGCAAAAAGGGUAUCCUGGUAAACAUGGAUGACAACAUUAUUGAGCACUACUCCAAUGAGGACACGUUCAUCCUGCACAUGGAGAGCAUGGUUGAAGGCUUCAAGAUCACGCUGACUGAGAUCUAG